AAACAGGCUCUUGUAUUUCGGCCUGAAUAACAGCAAAAUGGACAUUUUGGAACAUUACGGACAUUUCUUACAAUCUCCUCGUCCUUUUUUUAUCCAUCGAUCUAAUCAAUCUGUAGAAAGUUUGAAGCAAAGUGACUGACUGAAACAUUACGGAGGCAAUGAGCUUAUUGCAAUUCUUCCCCCAAACCCAAAUUUCUCUUCCUCCUCAGUGUACCCUUCCAUAUUCCUGCAAUUUUCAACAUUUACUGCCCCACUGCAACAAAAGCAAUGCCAAAAAAUCUAUUCAUUCAAAAACGAAACCAGCCAAAUCUGUUUUGUGCUCGUCACAACAACAACAGCGAGUAGAAGAACACAAUGAAGAAGAAGAAGAAUUCCAUUUGCUGACUUCCAUUCGGAGCAGUUAUAACAACAUUGUAAUCCUCGACACUCCUAAAUCUCUGCUUCUGCUUCUCGAUUCUACCAAUAAUGUUCACAGCAUUCUUAACAAAGGAAGUAAAUGGACUGGUUCAUAUUGGGAUGAGUUUGCUACCUUGCCACCUGUGGUUCCAAGGGGUCCCAUUGCAAUAUUUGGCUUGGGUGGAGGAACGGCUGCUCAUUUGAUGCUUGAAUUGUGGCCUUCAUUGCUGCUUGAGGGCUGGGAGAUAGAUGAAAUUUUAAUAGAUAAAGCUAGAGACUAUCUUGGGCUGUCUGAUCUUGAGAAGCAAAAUAUGGCUGGUGGAGUACUUAAUGUUCACAUUGGUGAUGUUUUUUCUUCAUCUGUUGCUAUUCCUGGAGGAUAUGCUGGCAUUAUUAUUGAUCUGUUCUCUGAUGGGAAGGUUUUGCCGCAGUUGCAGGAGGCUGCUACAUGGUUGGAGCUUAAUAACAGAUUGAUGCCCAACGGUCGCUUCAUGGUGAAUUGUGGUGCUGGCGAAGAUGGAUUGUCUGAAAUCAAUGAUGCAGUAUCACCAAAUGAAGAUUCAUCAACGGAUGGCACCUGGGAACUAAAUGCUACUAUCAAGGCUCUUUGCAAAGCAUUUCCUGGACAAGUAAAUUGGAAAAAGAUGCCAAAAAGUGAGGGUGAAAACUAUCUUGCCCUCACAGGACCUUUGACAGAAACAGCUACGUGGUCUGCUGUUCUCCCUCCUGAACUGAGCUCCAGUGUUCACCAGUGGAUAACUUGCUAAGUUUGGUGUAAGUGUCACCUUCUAAUCAUAACUUCAGAGGAUCACAACUAAAAGAUCUUUAUUGAGCUUCACUGGUGUUGUGGGUGGCAUUUAAUACAUGUAGCCUGUAGCUCAUUUUUGUAUUGGUAGAAGGUAAUGUUAUAAAGAUGCAUUGAAUUCCUUAGGUACAAGUCCAAAAGCAAUACUAAUUGGCAUUCUCCAUUGUAGCUGCAUUGUUAAUUAGAUGCUUAAAUUUGAUAUGCUAUUCAUAGACAUGGGCUUUCUUGA